UUCUCUCCCCACAACCUCUUUCCUAUCUCUCCAAUUAUUUUAUCUUUGCAAAGACAUCAACUCCCAAAACAAAAACCAUUCCGGUUUCUUGUUUCCCUUCUCUCUCUCUCUCUCUCUCUUGAGAUGUGCCUUCUCUUUCCAAAGAGUUCUUCUUCUGUACUUUCCCUCAUGUCAUGGUAUAAUAACAUAACACACCACUUCAUUUCCUUACCUUAAACCUUGUCCACUUUCUUCUUUUUUUUUUUCUCUCUCUCACACUUUUUUUCUACAUGGAUCUUGGUGUAAUGAGUUUAGAUGGUUUAGUUAGUUCAGAUCCUGAACAAAAAUCCAAAUGGUUCAAUGGAUCUGGUUUACUCAAACAAGAGAGAUCUGGAACAAGUACUGAAGAUGAGUUAUUAAGAACUUUCAAGCUUGCAAAAACUGAUCAACAACAAAGAAACUCUUCUACCUCUUCCCUUUUGAGAUCUAAUGUUACCACUCUUUUCUCUGAUGCUCAACACCAACAACAAAUGCUUAGUUUCUCAACUCCUAAUCCUAAAUCAGAAUCUUUUUUACUUGACAAAAAUGCCCCUACAUUGUCUUAUGCUUAUCAUCAUCCUAAUCAUAAUCAUCAUCCUAAUCCAAUGUCUACUUACAACAGAAACACAGGCUAUGGUUCUGGAAGCAUGCAUGGAGGGUUUAAUGGUGUUAGAGGGCCAUUCACACCUUCUCAAUGGAUGGAACUUGAACAUCAAGCUUUGAUCUAUAAGUAUAUUACUGCAAAUGUUGCUGUGCCUCAUCAUUUGCUUAUUCCUAUCAGAAAAGCUCUUGAUUCUGCUGGCUUAAGUACCUUCUCAUCUGCACUCCUCAGACCUAAUGCAUAUGCAGUUGGGUGGGGAGGAUUCCAUCUGGGAUACUCGAACAACACCGAUCCGGAACCAGGAAGGUGUAGACGAACAGAUGGAAAGAAAUGGCGAUGCUCAAGAGAUGCCGUUGUCGAUCAAAAGUAUUGUGAAAGGCAUAUGAACAGAGGACGCCAUCGUUCAAGAAAGCCUGUGGAAGGCCAAUCGGGCCAGGCUCUCACCACUGGUGGAACCACAAAUACAGCUACUACUAAUGUUUCUUCUACCAUUACUACUCCAAGUGGUUCGUCGAAGCAAAUCAAUGUCGCUGCUUCUCCUUCUUCGUCUAUUGUUGUUCCCGGUGGCAACAACGCUACCAACACUCUUUCCUUUGCACAUCAGGAACAUUCUAAGAAUAUGAACAGCCUUAUUGGACAAGAUAAUGCUUCUUCUGCUGCCAACACCAUCAACAGGAUGUUCAUGAAUAGCAAAGAGAAUAACAACAAUAGUGAGAGGAUGCAGGACGGUUCGGCACUACCGAUGCUGCCACCAACCCUUGAGUUGAAACCGAAGGACAAUAAUUCCUUCAUGAUUCAAAAACAGCACAUUCCUUAUGAUGAAUCUUCAAGGAACAAUGAAUUCGGGUUUGUCACUUCCGAUUCCCUGCUUAACCCUUCACAGAAAACCACUACCUUGCUUGGAACCAGAAACUUUGGUUCAGCUUCACAGAACCCUACAGACCGUGACACAGGCUCUCAACAUUCACUCAGGCAUUUCAUCGACGACUUUCCCAAAACUCACUCUGAUCAUCACAAUCAUCAUAACCGCUCGGGUGGUUUUUCUUGGCCGGAACUUGACAUGCAGUCGGAUAGGACACAGCUUUCAAUCUCAACACCAAUGACUGCCUCGGAUUUCAUGUCGUUCCCUUCCUCGGCCACCAAUGAAAAACUCACACUUUCGCCUCUUAGGCUCUCAAGGGAAAUCGACCCUAUUCAAAUGGGGUUAGGCGUCGGAAAUAGUACUCCCAAUAACAACGAAUCAUCAAACCCUAGUACUAAUAAUCCUGCCACAAGGCAAGCUAAUUGGAUUCCAAUAACUUGGGAGAGCUCAAUGGGUGGUCCACUCGGCGAAGUACUUCAUCUUAGCACCAUUGCUUGCAAUGCAAGCGAUGAUCAUUACGGGAGUAACAACAUCAACAACAACAAUUCCUCGGCUCUAAAUCUCAUGACUGAUGGUUGGGACAAUCACAAUAGUCCACCGAUGGGAUCAUCACCAACCGGCGUCCUUCAAAAAACAGCAUUCGGAUCACUUUCCAAUAGUAGUGCCGGAAGUUCUCCAAGGGCCGAAAACAACAAAACAACUCAAGAAGGAGCUAGUUUGUGCAAUGAUCAUCUAGGAUCAACUCUUGGUAAUAAUAACACUUCCUUUACUCCUUAGAGGAAGAACAAAACAAUGAAGAACACAUGAAGAAGAAGAGAAGAACAAAAAGAACUUUGUUUUUAAUAUAUGAUAUUAUUAUUAUAUAUAUGGUUUAUUUAUGUUGGAAUUUGGAAAAAACAUGUUUUUUGUUUUGUUUUUGUUUUUGUUAUUAAAGUUGUUAAUUACUUUCUUUACCAAUACCAUACCAACAUGAUUUGGAUAUGUUAGGUGUUUGGUUUGGUUUAGUUGACUUUUGCUUAUGAUGUUUUUCAUGUGAUGAUGUUGGGAGUGAUUUGGCAAAGUUUGUUGUUGUAUGAAAAAACAGUAAGUGAUGUUGGUUGGAUUGUGGACUUA